UCAGCUUGCAGUGUCAAAAUCUCAUCCUCCACUCCAGACGAGUUCAGGAGAAACAGCGUUGCAAUUUUUGAUGCGAGUAAAUCAACCUCAAUAUUGAUACCAUAUUAAUGUGUCACACAGCAGCAGAUGCCGUAUGUCAGUAAUUAAUCAGUAUAUGCUGAUGGGGAGUGGUGAGUGACAUGCCGUUCACGUGUCACAUGCCAUAUUGUUAGAGUCACUUGGAAAAUCUAGCUAAACCCUUGUGAUGUGUCCUUCCGUGUCGAGGCUUCGAAGCGUGUGUCGAGUAAUCAGGAAGAUUUUUGUGAUGCGCGUAUCGAGGCUUGUGUUGAUGACGUAUGUGGUGACGUUCGAAGCCUCGCGAGCCGGCCGUACCACGUGACUGAUUCAGGAAAUGGUUCGCGGGUUUGGCGUGCGAUUAGAAAUAUAAGGGGCAGCGAAACGCAAUGGACCCCCCUCACAUUUUGUGGACUUGGGACUUUAUUGCGCGUUUGUUUGCAAUCUAUUCGAGCAUCACAAACAUCCUUCAUGUAUUCAAUUUAAAGCUUCACACCCCAAAGCCAUAGUGUCGUUAUAAUCACUCUGCCUGUUUUACAUUUAUUGUCCACUUGAUGGCACAGUAGAGCAAAUGAAGCACGUCGAAGCUUCGGCCCACGAGUGAACCAAUUAGAUGGAAAGCUUCAAUGCUUCAUGAAGCUUCAUCUCGCCAUCACUACUAAACCCUAAAAAUAGUAUUUUUUUUGUAUUUCCUUUGUCUAGGUGUCAACAGGAAGCAAGGAGGAUUUGAUGACGGACUAUUUCACCAGAAGUCCCGCCCCCUCAGCUCCAGCUGGCAGAGAUCAGGUGACUCCCACCAGCUAUGUCACGCCCACUGUGCAGUCAUCCAACCAGAGGCCGGGCCAGAGCGUCAAACCCUCGCCACGCCAGCCUGUAGGCCAAUCCCCGGCCUCAGGCCAGCCCGUCAACCAGAGAAGCAGCCAAUCGCUGAGCAGAGCUUUCAGCCUGGCCUCAGCUGAUUUGCUGCGCUCCAACGGACCAGACAGUUUCCGUGGAAAUGAAGGCCAAUCGGAUGUGGUCGUUCGGAGACAAGGGGGAGGGGCUAGUGGGAGAGAGCGGCCGCUCUCUGCUCGGCUGGCUGGCCCGACCAAUCAGCCCGGAGACGGCAGCUUCCUGAAUCCCCCUAUUCACCAUUCGUCCUCUCUGAACCUGCAAACGGAGAGACACGCGGAGAGAGAAAGAGAGAGAGGGAGGACCCCCGUCUCUCGGAACGGCCCCACCUCGUCCUCCCCCAACCACCACCGCGGAGAGGUUGCCAUGGUAACCCCCGUCAGGGCUGUUCCUGCCACGCGGCCUGACGAGGCCUCGGAGCACGGGGAGGUGUUAAGUGAGGGGCAGUCGGGUGACUCCUCCCACUUAAAGAAAGAAAGCGAGAGAGCCAGGUGUGGCUUCGUUGAAAGCCCAAAGAGCACACCUUCUUCCCCUGACCCCAACAACGACCCUCAGACCGUGUGGUAUGAAUACGGCUGUGUCUAAACACUGAUACUGAUGGACUUCCAUGGGUAUGGCUGUGUCUAAAGACAGAAACCUAAAAACUGAAACUACAGUCUGCUGGGGCUGAAUCCAAACCCUCAGUCACAAGCAAUCAGUCUCUGAACUGUGCUCCUUGUAUUGUGGAUGAAUGUUAUUCUGAGCUUUGCUCAAAUACAACAUCUACUGGGAAUAAGUCUAAGUCCUGGAACGCAAAAGCCAAAUGUAAAUAUUUCUGUACAUAAAGGAGUCGUGACUUCAGUUUGUAUUUUCUGGAGCUAACUUUUGUAGAUUAACAAGCAGACCUGAUUCCGUAUGCCACCUGCCAAUACAGCUGGUUAACACAGAAAGGAAGCUUUCCAAAUCAAAGCAGCUGCCAGGGAUUUCAGCACCACCAAAACAAUCACGUCCCACCUCAACUACUGGAUCUGUAGAAUCAAUUUCACCAUUUUUCAUCACAAGCUGGAUCUCUCAGAGGGGGAUGCUACGUAGACAUGAUGGGAUCCCUGACAAUCUUUCUCAGGAUUUAGACAUGAACACCACAACACUAUCGAUGGUGCCUGACAAUGCUGGAAUUCAUUGGCCUCUGUCAUUUUAUUAUCGCCCUGUUUACCGGAGCCCACAGGCUGUUUUUUAUUUUUCACAUCCAGAAAUGGAGAUGGGAGCUGAGAUGUCUGAAGUCUGAGAAUCCACAACACUUAAAGCCUGCGGGAACAGAGGACAAGUCUUACAUGCAGAGCUGAGGACCAGAAUACUAAGGACGGGCCUGGUCUAUGAGCUGGAACUCUUUUGACCUGUUAAUGUUUACCUGGAGGCCGCUGGGAAUUAGCCAUCACCGAGAGGAGUGGUUGGACUGACGUGAAGGCGACCAGAAGCGAAUGAAUGUAUCAGAUUUUUCCUCCUAUUUCUGUCCUCCUCCUCUCCUCUGCUAUCUAGAACAAAGACUGGAAAAGAGGAGCGAGAGAAGGGAUGGAUUCAAGCAAAGAGAGUUGAGACAAGCGAAGCAGAAAGGCAUGUAGAGAUAGAGAGCGAGAAUAAAUGGAGGGACGCUGGGACGGAGGAGAGCGGUGGACAGAUAUAGAGAUGGACGGAGUGACGGGAGGACAGAUAGAUAAACAGGAGAGAGGAGGAGUUAAAUUCCAGUCCCAGAUCCCAGUUAAAUUACAGUCCUUCUCCCUCCAUCUUUAGAUUCUGUCCCAGCAUGCAACACUCUUAACACUUUACUGGAAACGUUGCACAGCUCGAGCCAACACUAGCUUCACAAACACACACAUAUAUAUAAUGAUAUAUACAGACACAGAGGAAUUGUCCUUGAGGGGCGCGGUUGUGGCUUCGCUAACCAUUCAGCUGGCCUUCAUUUACACACACACACUACUGUGUUUUGGUAUGGUGCACUAAUGCACGCUAAGUUAGCUAGACAGUUGUGAGCACUGCACAGCGGAGAGAGAGACACAGAUUCAGACCCCCUGUGAUCUGGAUAUUUGGAGUUUGCAUGUGAUGAAUUUAAGUUUUUAGAAUAACCAAGUCACCAUUAAUAGAACAGCAGCAGAAGGUUGAAUACACACACAGGGAGGUGUUCACCUCAUUAAGAGCACUCUAGAAUAAUAGAAGAUGUUUAAGUCUUUCACACUGUCACACUUAACUUGGUAUUCUUGAACCUGGAUCCUAUUUUCCCAUGUCUUUGUGUCUCUGUGACCAACUAGGGACAACAGUUUUUUAAUUGUUGUCUUUUGCAAUAUAAGUGUCUGACAACUUUUUUGAAAGAGUCUCGCUGGAAGAGAAGGCAUGUUUUAAAAUCCUGCGGGGUGAUGUGUUACCAGAGGACAACGCAGAGGAGAGUUUGUUGUGAUGGAGCGCAGAAAGAGUAGCUCGGCAUCUAAAAGAUUUUCUACAUCAUGGCUGGAUAUUGAUAAGAUUUCAACAAUGUGGAUGAGGUCUUUGAAUUGGAUUGCUGCCUGUAGUUAUUUGAGCCAUAGUAUACGGAUGAAGAGGGGUACACUGCUUGUUACAAAUUCAUCGUGUUUCCUUUAAAGCCCAGCAAACAGAGAGAGGAGCAGGAUGAAGAGGCGGGGGACGUACAUGAAAGUAUGCCUCUGAGAUGGAUGAUGAUGUCAAUGGAAGAAAAGAAUCUUAUGCUAAUUAUUGUGAUCGACUGACCUUUUGUCUGUACUGCUGUUUGUACAUACAAAGCUGUCCCUCCUGCAUUAGUGACGACUGACUGCAAAGACUUUCCGAAGAGCACUAGAAUGAUGAAGAGGAGGAGGAGGAGAAAACACUGGAGAAAGUUUGACUGGAAGCCAUCACUAACCGUUCCGCUCACCUGUUGAACAAAAAGCACGUGUCAAUAUGCAGCGAGCUAAAUUAUUUUACCUGUAACAUUUGUACAUGACAUUAGAUUUUUAUAAACGGGGCAGAUAUUCCCAGACUUUUUGGAUACUUUUUUGUAAAAUCCUCUGGAACUUGGAAAAUGAAAAUGUUUGUUGAUACCAAAAAAACCUAUUUCAGAUCAAUUCCUGUACACUGGUAAAAGUCAUGCGGUUCCAAGAGUUGUAGAUCAUUUUAAAAUUGUUAAAACAUUGGUGUGUGUGUGUGUGUGUGUGUGUGUGUGCGCAUGUGCGUGCGUGCGUGCGCGCGCGCGUGUGCGAGACAGUUUGCUGACGUCGAAAGAAAACGUAUUGAAUACCCAAAAGCAAUUUUAUAUUUUCUGUUAUUGAAACAAGACCAUCACAUUAUGUUAUUGGCUCUGUGGACAGUGUGUGUGUGUGUCCUAGUCUGUGUGUCUUCUUGUCUGGGUACCCGCUCUGUGUUACUGUUCCAUCAUUCCCUUAACAACACACCAGUUUUGGAGGGUGGGGGGGUCGAUUGUUCCUAUUAGUCAGCUUUACCUGCUCCAUGUUGAGAGCACCACAAAUCCUCAGCGGGACUCUGGUGUUUCCUGCUCUGUUUCUGGUCUCUGCACCAGAGGCCCACAGAAGGACACCAGCUCACUGCAGGAGAGAAGUGAAAGCAAAAGGUGAAGCGGAGCCCACGUCCUGCUGUCACUGGAAUGACUGCUGCUUGACUUCACUUUAUGACUAUUGCUGACUACUCUGCUGUGAUGUGACUACUGUUUGAAAAAGGCUACUAGUGUGAUUCAGUAGAAACUGAGGUUGAAGCUUUUUGGUAUUAAAGAUUUACAAACUUGAACUGAUGCUCCGACUUCAUUGUGUCAGCGGUGCCUAGUGUCUUUAUUUUAGCACAGUGUCCCAGUUUAUUUCCUUUUGCUGUGCAAGGAAUAUAUCAUAGACAUAUAUUUUAUAUGUAUACCGAAUAUAUAUGUAUGUGAAUGGCAGGGACCUAAGAUGUUGCUUAUCAAUAAUUGGUUUAGUCUAUAGGCCUUUUUCAGAGUGAAAGUGUCCAUUUAUUAUUAUUAAUAAUGUUGUCUCCAUCCCUGUAAACCACAACAGCAUGACAGUGGGCCACUGCGUAAUACCAGGACCCUGAAACUGAAGCAGUGAAUUUCAAUAGAUGAUUACUGCGGUGAAAGGGUGAGUCUGCUGAUGUCAGGAUAUUGCAGAUAUACUGAGAUAUGUAUAUUUUGGUGGAUAUAAAAACAAAAUGCACAGUAUAUAUUUAUUCACUCAAACGGAAUAAAUAUAUUGUUGGCUGCAUUUUUAGAUAGCCAUUUAAAUGUUGUGAUUUUAUACAUAGUUAAUUCAGAUGAUGCAUCCUGUUCAACGUCUACUGUGAUGUCUGUUCUGGGUUUGUUGUUGGGACAUUAUGCAAGAUGAUGGGCGUGAUGAAACAAGUCACUCACAUCCAUCAGCCAACCCUAAUCUGUAUACAAUCAUUUUUUCUAUCAUGCAUGCUCAUCCCUGGAAGUCACUAGAACAAAACUAAAAAUAUAAAUUUAUAGGCCAAAUAACAUUUUACAGCUUUUCCUUUCAUCUUCACAUAUUCGGCAUGUGAGUGUGUGUGUGUGUGUAGGCAGUGUGCUUCAGGAAGACGGACCACGUGCGUUUGUGUGUCAGCGAGAGAGAGCUGGCGGUCAUUGUGCUGCAGACCUACAGAGCGGAGAGACUCGGUAAGAAAUAAGUUUCCUCAUUUCAUUGAGUGAUGUUUUUUUUUUUUCCACCAAGCUCAGUAGAGAUAAUGUGUAUUCAUGUGCCUAGGAAGAGUAUUUUUUAUUAGUCAUAUCAGUCAGCGAUAGUCUUUGAUAUUCGUUAUUUAUAGCUGAAGUGACAUAUCAGCGGACUCCUGUUGAAUAUAGAUUAUUAUGAAGCGAUCACGUGUUUCAAGUGAAGACUUCAAAUACGUUUAGAAUGCCUCUACAGGCUCUCCAGUGCGGAGAUAUUCAUUAUUGAUCUGAACUAUCAAGUCGUGUCAGUCGGCACUCGGCAGGCUGUUGGGGGAGACAAACAGUGUUUGUGGAGUCACACAGAGACAUUGUCCAUCACUGACUGGACUUCAUUUACUGCGUGAAGCAGCUGAUGGACUGUAGAGCUUCAUGUAACAUUCACAGAGUUUCCAUGUGUGGACUCAGUGACUGCUUAUCAAGUGAUGGGAUACAGCAUGUGGGCUACUUUAUCUCUAAACGACACAGAUCCUAUGUAAGAUAAAGGAAUAUCAUGAGUGUUAUGAAGAUGCUGUUGGAGAUAAGAAUACCAAAAGUCACCGUAGUCUUGUAUUGUUGUGUUGAUUUUGUGUCACUUUAGCCAAAAUACAUAACAAGCUUGUAACCCCCACUCUGUCCGGCCGUGCAGUUUGAUGUUCUGUAUCUUGAGAUCUUCACUGCUGAGAUUCCUGCCAGCAAACCAAACAGUGGAGAGGAAUUCUAACCAUUGAAUCAAAUCAAACGAGACUGAAGCUCCGUUGGAAAUAUGACUCUAGCGUUACAGCUGCAGUAACCAAUAUUUUUUUAUUUUAUAUCAAAAUAUUUUACACAUGCGUAAUGUGAAAAGGGUGGCCUGUAGGGACAAAUAUGACACACAAUAUUCUGAAUAUGAUUGGUCUUUUUUUUUUUUAAUGCAUUCCGUGAUCCAUGAGAGUGCUUGAAAGCUACAGGAAAAACUUGCAACCCUGAGUUAAUAAUUUUAUUCGUCAAGCUGUGUAUUUACACAGAUUGGAUUAUUCAAACUUAAAGGGAUGUUUUUAUGGCUACACUCAAUCAAAUGGAAAUAUUCCAAAUGCCUUACAUCUUGUGCACAUUAUCCCAAAAUUCGUGUUAAUUUGAUAUCUUUGGAGAUUUUGAGAAGUCUCUAGAAUUUAAAUUGAAGUUCUGUGGGUUUGAACGACUUUAAAGUGGUCAAAUGACAUUUAUUGAUGAGCUGAUUUUAGUUUAGUUUUUAGUUGCAGGAUUGUGCUGCAGUCUAUAUAUCGCAAGGACUUGAUAAGGUUGGCCUACAGUCAAUACAGUCUUUCUACUUCCUGAUUAAUAUUGGAUUCACCCUAAUUUUCCCAUAACCAAACCUUGACUCCCUGCCCACAAAAACAGAGGCUCAGCCCAGCAGCUCUGCUAAUUCAUCUUGAGGCUUCUUUUUCUUCUUCUUGUCAGGCUGUCUUGCACCGACUGACUCGGUCCUAGUAUAGACUGACAUGGAGGGAGGAGCAGCAGCAUUGCCAAAGCACUUCCAUGUACCGCAAAGCAUUAGUGCCCACCAUUAACAUUAACAGCAUUAGUCACAGCAGAGAGAGAAUGAAUACAAGACUUCAUAUAGUACAUAAUAAAGAAAUCAAACUAUAGCCAGAUAACAGGAAAUAAAGGCAAUUAAGUUGUAACCAGCAACAAUCAAAGACAUAAACUGCAAAUGUAAUUGAUUUUUCCUCACAUUGACGUCUUUCAGAUCAGCAGUCAGAGCAGAACUCUGCAGCAGCUCGCCUCCGAAUGCACAAAUACCUGUUGAUCACAGUCUUGUUCCUUUUGACUUCUGCUCUUCAUUCUUAAUUCAGGCAGUCUUUUUGAAUCUCCUUACAGCCCACACUUGGGUCCAGGCCCAGACAUUGGGCACCAGUUGGACAGAAUGCAGUGACCCUUUGUGUAUACUAACCUCAUUCAUCCGUGCAAAGGCCAUCUCAGCUCUCUGCAGACAUUAGCAGAAAUUAAGUAAAAGCCAAACUCUGUUUGUAGUGUCAGUGGCUUUACAUACACAAUACAACUCAGGCAGUGGUGCUAAAUGUGGGGAUCAAGGACUGCCAAGGGCCUCGAGGGGAGUCCAAGAGGCCUUUGUGACUGUGCCAGGGGCCCACAAGGGAGUCCAGUGGCCCUGGCGGAAGUCUCCCGGUGUCCUCCAGGGGGUUCCAGGGUCUCUAAAACGAUCAUUGAUAAUGAAUUUAUAGUGACUUGUAACUCUUUGAGGACACCUUUGGCCUCCAUUUGGACCACAAGUGGCCCUUCACCAGGCCCCAGGGUAGUAAAUUUACAUAUUUUUUUGGGGGCAAUUUUUGCCCCCACUGACUGAAAUCCAGGGGCAUUUUCAAA